GGUCGCGGUUCGAGCAGUGCUUUGUUGUUCAAAUAGUUUAUAUUGAUUGAAUCUUUACUGCGUGAAUCAUAAUAAGGAAUAUAUUUUGAAGGCGGGGAAUUAUGACCGUAUACACGGAGAACAUAGCGAAAAAGACCCUUUCUGAAUAUUCUAACUACGAAAUGUCCGAUAAUAGAGAUGAGACCGAGUUGCUGUGGGCGGUCGACGAUAAUUACGAGAAUCGUAACAGAGAUCGUAACAAUCGUGUGCAGUCUGACCACAAGCAAGACGACGGCGUUCUGGCAUCGCACAUGUCCGAUAACAUGAGCCAAGGAUAUUUCUUGGAGCAGCGUAAAGGCAACGAUUCAGCUAGCUUCAGCGAAUACUACUUGAGGGAGUGGGAGAUGAAGGCGAUGCAAAAACUGAGCAUGCGUCAGAACCAGCCAGUAUCCGCAGCCGAACCGGACUGGUCACCAGCUCCACCAGAAGCUUUCGAAAUUGGCCGAGAUUUUUCUUUUGACGGCUAUGACAACAUUGAAUGCGAACUAUCCAGAGACCUCAACAACAUGGGACUUAAUCACAGGCCGAGGAUACCAGCACCUCGUCCUCCCAAUCAGCAAUAUUAUCUAUUCGAAACGUCAUCGAACGAAGAUGGCGAAGACUGUGUUUUAUCAGAAGAUUCCUUUUCUUACAAAGAUAUGGAUACAACUUACUCUCCUUAAGCCACAUCAUCUAACAUAUUUAUCAAUAUCUUCAAUUGUGUACUAUAUUUUCUUAAGGUUUAGAGGUAAGAUUUUGUUUAUUUAUCACUAGAAUAAAACAGAACCUACCUAGUAGGAAAACAUUAUAGUUUGUAAGGAGUGUAUAUAUUCAAUUAUUUUUUGUCAUCUAUCACAUCUCCCUGAUCUGAAGUGACAUAUUUACAUUGGUAUAACUUUAUUUAUAUCACGAAUAUCACUCCAUAAUUUAAUGAUAAUUGAAAUUUAUGUAGGGUUUUUCAAUAAGGAUUAAUUCCAUUCCAAAAUCUACCCGUUUUAAAUUAAAUUAAAAAAUCUGUGUGCGUGGUUUUAACAAAAAAAUGUUUAAUUUAAAAGGUCCAUAUAUGUCAUUAAGCAUGGAAGAUGACAUAAUUCAAACGUCUGCCUCGGUUUCUCACAGAGGCACGGAUCCGAG